GGGUCACUACAUAGGGCACAAAAUAGUGGUUUGUACACACUAUGUAGGGAUCCCUGUGGAAGCCAUUUUAAAUUCCGUUAGCAGGCCGUGUGUUAGCAGGCGGUAGAUUAAAAACAUUGGAUGCAACGUUAUAAAUUUCUGCUUUAUCUUCAUAGAGGAACAAAUCCAGCAGAAUGUCCCGACCUAUGGGUGACAGUCAUAAGCGGUUCUUACAGACCAUGAUGAGUAACGGUAUAAUCAGUAGUGUUCAGGCCAAGGCACUUCAUCGCCAUUGUUGUGAGACUCAUGGAGCACAUUUUUCACCAGAUCGGUUGGAGGAAUUCAUUGACGUGAUCAAUACUCAUCUUCAGCCCAUGUUCAUGCACAUUAGAAAAGGCAUGUCAGAAGAGGACGGAGCACAGCACUACGCCUUGGUAAACAUGGCCGAAACAGACAUCACGAGAAUGUCUUCUGAUUACGCUGAUAAUGAAUUGGAACUGUUCAGGAAAACGAUGGAUCUAAUUCUAGACUCCGAGAGCGGUACUGCCUCUUCCACUGAUCUCCUGAAUUGCGCUGAUCGUCUCCAGACAAAGAAAAUGAAAAAGAAAGAGACCGAGCAUGUGCUGAAUAAGUUUGUCCAGGACAAAUGGUUACAUGAGAAACAAGGUGAAUACACUUUAAGCACUCGCUGCAUCAUCGAGAUGGAGCAGUAUAUACGUACAGUUUACCAGGACCUCAUCAGACUGUGUCACGUGUGCCACAACAUAGUCUUACAGGGCCAAAUCUGUGAAAACCCUGAGUGUGGUAUCAAGAUGCAUUAUUACUGUGUGGCCAGAUAUUUUAAAGGACGCAUUGAUCCACAUUGCCCUUCCUGCAGUGACUUCUGGGCUCAUGAGAUACCAGAAAUCCAGCCAGAAUCACAAAGCCAGUCUUCAUCUGCGAGAGAGGCGGCUGCUCCGACACCCUCCACGUCUGCCACACGUCGCUCCAGGAGGUCAUAAAGUCAACUCACUGCGUCCUGACGUCAGGGUUGAAACGCAGAUUUAAAUCUGAUGUAGUUCAACUGAUUGUAUUUUUUUAAAGAAAAGGAUCGUAUCACGGUACAGUUAAGAGGAAAGGGAAAAGCGCUCUUUCAUUGCAUUAUGGAAUCCUGAAAUAACUAUAAAUAGAUGUAAAUGCUGUCUGGAAGGUGAAUAUAUUUUGAAAGAAUUUGGUGUACUUAAGAAAAAUAUCCUGAAUAGUAAAUACACUGGAAUAUAAUUAGAAAUACAAAUGUUCAUUGAUUAUUUUCCCAGUUUAAUAUUUUUUUAUAAUGUGUUGAUGUGUAUUUGACAAAUGUAUAUCGUUUAAAGCAUUUUCAGUGCAAAUGCAUUUUCAUAGCUGAUUAUUUGUUGGACAUUGUUGUAACCUGGCUGUAGUAAACAAUAAGGAACAUACUGUACGUCGUUAGUACUGUAUGUAGUUCUUUCUGAUACAAAUAAAGGAACAUCAGUCUCACACAUUAAAA